GCGGAACAACAGUCCCUAUGAAAAACAACAACAAUCACUACAGCAGGGCUAGGAAAAGAGAUGGCCCCCUGAAGACCAGCACCUCUGGCCCUUAACACAGUAGUAAUCCCAGCCCGACUGCUGCUAUUUCCGCCGGAGCAUUAUAUGUCGAUGGUGCCGAGCCCAUGAACUUGGCUAGUCAAAGCGGGGAUGCUGGCGGAAGCCAGCUCCUGUUCGCCAACUUUAACCAGGACAACACGUCCUUAGCUGUUGGCACCAAAUCAGGAUACAAGUUUUUCUCCCUGUCCUCUGUGGACAAGUUGGAGCAGAUAUAUGAAUGUACGGACACAGAGGAUGUGUGUAUCGUGGAGCGUCUGUUCUCCAGUAGCCUGGUGGCCAUCGUCAGCCUCAAGGCCCCCAGGAAGCUCAAAGUAUGUCACUUCAAGAAGGGAACUGAGAUCUGCAACUACUCCUAUUCCAACACCAUACUGGCCGUCAAGCUCAACAGACAGAGGCUGAUCGUGUGUCUGGAGGAGUCGCUUUACAUUCACAACAUCCGAGACAUGAAAGUGCUGCACACUAUCAGAGAAACUCCACCUAAUCCGUCGGGACUGUGCGCCCUGUCCAUCAGCAACGACAACUGUUAUCUUGCCUACCCAGGCAGUGCUACGAUAGGAGAGGUUCAGGUGUUUGACACAGUCAACCUGCGAGCGGCUAAUAUGAUUCCAGCCCACGACAGCCCAUUAGCGGCUCUAGCUUUUGAUGCCAGCGGAACCAAACUGGCCACAGCCUCAGAGAAGGGCACAGUCAUUCGUGUCUUCUCGAUCCCAGAGGGACAGAAGCUCUUUGAGUUUCGAAGAGGAGUCAAAAGGUGUGUGAGCAUCUGCUCACUGGCGUUCAGUAUGGAAGGCUUGUACCUGUCGGCCUCAAGCAACACAGAGACAGUCCACAUCUUCAAAUUAGAGACACAGAAGGAGAAAUAUGUGCCAGCGGAGGAGCCCACUACAUGGGGAGGUUACCUGGGCAAGGUCCUGAUGGCGUCCACCACCUACCUGCCGUCCCAGGUAACGGAAAUGUUCACACAGGGGCGAGCCUUCGCCACCGUACGUCUGCCCUUCUGUGGACAUAAGAACAUCUGCGCCUUAGCUGUGAUUCAGAAGAUUCCCAGGUUAUUGGUGGCAGCCGCUGAUGGUUACCUGUAUCUGUACAACCUGGAUCCACAAGAGGGAGGGGAGUGCACACUUAUGAAGCAGCACAGGUUAGACGGCAGCGCUGAGCCAUCCAAUGAGAUCCUUGAACAGGGGUCACAUGACCGCCCACUUGUGGCCCAGACCUACAGUGCUGCAGUCACUAAAGGUUACUGCGAAGAGCAGGGCGCCGUUGGAGGAGCGGGCCUGGAAGACGACCUCAACGACUUGCGCUUGGAGGAGGAGAACGAGCAACCGCCGCUCAUCCUCGAAACCGACUGACUUAGCGGACGGCUGUACCCACCAAUCAGAGGGCUCCUCUGGUGCUGCUAUGAACAUGUGACACAAGGGGGGCAGGGGCAGGAUCAAAGACUGGGGGUGUUUUUAAACGCUCAAAGUGUUCAAGAGCCUGUCUGUAAGUCUGUCUGUGCGUUUGUCUGUUCACAUACAUCUUAUUCUCCCUCCCCCCUUCCUCCCGCGCUCCCUUUCCCCUCAGUUCCGCCUGCGCAGGCCCAACUGACGCUUUGCAUGUACAUGUGCCAACCGCUAAAAGACAUGCUCCAAUUUGAAAACGAGUAUCUGUGAGUGUGUGCGUUGGACGUUUGAUCAAAAACAAAAAAAAAACACAAUGUAGCUGUGUCUUCAUUUAAGACACACACACUGACGCAAGCACUGUGUAAAACAAAAGUGAUUGUGUAAGUGCCUCGCUGCCCAAGUGUCAUGGUUUCUUCUGUUUGAGAGGAGGAUUCUGUUUUCAUUGGCUUAAUAAAAAUCUAUUUUCAGUUGUCAGAUCUUAAUCAAGGGUGUGUAUUCAUCUUUUUCUGACCCGUUUCCUCUCUCACACACAGUCACACUGCCCUGCGAGGAGCGUGGCUCCCAUCACGUGGCUCAACCUUUCCCCUCCAAAGAACGAUUCAGAAGCUUUUGGCAUGAGGCAGAGGUGUUUGCGAACCAGAGUGUGUGUCUGUGCGCUUGUGCUGGGAACCCAUUUGUGCGUGCGUGCGUGCGUGCGUGUGUGUGUGUGUGUAUGCCGGGCAUGUACAUUAGCAAAACACUGAGUAACUAGCCUCCACUUGUGUGUGUGUGUCCCUCCCCCCGCCUCACUUUUACCUCAUCCAAACAGAGGCUCAGUGGACCUUCCUGCCCCCCUCCCUCCCUUCCUCAGGCCUGCAGUCAUUGGUUGAUUAAAACUCUGAUAUUAAUGAUCUUUUUUUUCUUAAAUCUAGAUAACCAAUCAUAACCAAUGAUGUGUCAUGCGUAUGAAAACAUGCAUGGUGUUGUUGACGUGGUACUUUGUCCAUACAUCGGAAGACAUUUGGGAAGGCAGUCUGUGGGUCAGCUGAGAAAUGCAGGAAGCUGCUUAAUCUCUACUCUGUACAUUAGUAGAUGUGGCGAGAUAUCACUGUACCAUACUGUCAGGUUAUGACCGGGGCUUUGAGAUGUUACGCUGUGGGUCGGUGGGUGCGUGGCCAUCGAGGGGACUGUUACAUUUCGAUUGAUCUGGAGCUCGGGCUGAGCCUCAACAACUGGUCCAGGAUGCUGCAUGAUUCCCCAUUAAUCCUCUGGCGUCUGCAGCCGCUGGACAAGGAUUAGUCGCGGGAUUUUGGAGUGUCGGGCAUUUUCUAAUGAUUUUGUAUAAAAUGUGAAACGUUCAUCUGAAACUAAAAUGAAAAUAAAUUCCAUGUUGAUGUAUGAGA